AUGAAGCCGAGCGACGUUGACGACGGUACUCCGGCAGGCGGCAGGCAGCAGGCAACCGCUUCGGGGGAUGGGGGAAGGAGCCACCCACUCUCGCCCACCAUCCACCCAACCUCGUCCGCCUGCCACCCCGCCUGCCCACCCACUCGCCACCCGGCCGCCGUCGAGGAAACAACCUGCGAGCGACGUGUUGGUGCUCCUCUUGGCGCCGCCGCCACCAAAGACGACGACGAGCCGCAGCGCCGCCUCCCCCGCUUCCCGGAGGACCGCACGUGUGAGCCCAGCCAAGAGCGCCUUCAAGACGUAAAGGCGAGAGGGUGGUGAAGCAGGUAUAGGGAUCGAAUCUCUCGGGGGCAAAACCUAGGACGAAAGAAUCG